AUGUCGGACAGAACAAUGAGAUGGCAAGUACUGCUCCUGAUUUUCUUGUUUCUCAGCUCGGUGGUGGGGCAGGUCACUUACUCCAUUCCAGAGGAAAUGUCGAAAGGCUCCCUGGUCGGUAACAUAGCGCAGGAUUUAGGAAUAGAGGUGAAAAGAUUAAAGUCCGGGCGAGCGCGCAUUUAUACAGAAGACAAAGCGGAAUACAUCGAGCUGAAUGCAGACAGAGGGCUCCUGCUCGUUAAGGAGAGGAUCGACAGAGAGGCGCUGUGCGGACAAACAACGCCGUGCGCUUUACAUCUACAAAUCACGCUAGAAGACCCGAUUGAAUUCUUUUCAGUUACAGUGGAAAUUAACGAUAUUAAUGAUAAUAUGCCUGCAUUCAAAAAGGAGGAAAUGAGAUUUAGGAUCAGCGAGUCGGCUGUGAUUGGAGCGAAAUUUGUGCUGGAGAGAGCCAUGGAUUUAGAUGUCGGUGUCAACGGACUGCAAGGUUAUUCACUUAAACCUACUGACAAUUUUAAUUUAAAGCUUCAAAAUCAGAAAGAUGGGAGCAAAAAGGUGGAGAUGGUUUUACAAAAACAUUUAGAUAGAGAAACAAAAGAUCACAUCUCCUUAAUUCUCACAGCUACUGAUGGAGGAGAGCCUCGGCUGUCGGGAACAAUGAGAGUGGACAUUUCAGUACUAGAUGCGAAUGAUAACGCCCCAGUCUUUACGCGAGAAGUAUACAAGGUUACUGUAAAGGAGAAUGUGCCAAAGGGAACAAUUAUGUGCACAGUUAAUGCUGUCGAUGCAGAUGAAGGUUCUAAUGGGAACGUGUUGUAUUCAAUAACAAACACGCUAGAUGAUGUUCCAAAUGUGUUUCAAGUUUCUGAAGAAAGCGGGGUUGUGUCUCUAAUUGGAUACUUAGAUUUUGAAAAAACUCAAAUUUAUGAAAUCCACGUGCAAGCCAGUGAUGACGGGGGAUUAACAGAUUCGUGUAAGAUUAUUGUCGAAGUAACAGACACAAAUGAUAACGCCCCGUCAAUUAACAUAAUGUCUAAAACAAAUUCAGUAUCAGAGGAUACAAAACCUGGAACCGUUGUGACUAUUUUUAAUGUUCAAGAUCCAGAUUCUGGUGAGAAUGGAAAGGUUGCAUGUGAAAUAGAGGAACAAAUUCCGUUUUUCAUAAAAGCAACAUCUAAAAAAUUUUUUAGUUUAGUGACAGACAGCGAGUUAGACAGGGAGAGAGCCUCUGAGUACAACAUCACCGUGAGCUGCUCUGAUGAAGGAGUUCCCUCCCUCUCCAGCAGCGUCACUCUCACCUUACAGAUCUCUGAUGUGAACGACAACGCGCCUGUCUUUGAGAGGAGCUCAUAUGAGGCCUACAUUGUAGAAAACAACACACCAGGUCUCUCUAUAUUCACAGUGAAAACCACAGACGCUGACUGGAACCAGAAUGCCCGUGUUUCUUACAUACUAGAGGACUCCUCCGUUAACGGAGUUCCGGUCUCCUCAUAUGUGUCCGUUAGUGCUGAUAGCGGGGUCAUCCACACAGUGCGCUCUUUUGACUACGAGCAGAUCAAAGACUUCCGGUUUCACGUUAAAGCGCAGGAUGGAGGCUCUCCUCCUCUCAGCAGCAACGUGAGUGUGAAAAUACUGAUCCAGGACCAGAACGAUAACCCCCCUCAGGUCCUGUAUCCGGUCCAGACUGGAGGCUCCGUGGUGGCUGAGAUGGUGCCUCGUUCAGCAGAAGUGGGCUAUCUGGUGACUAAAGUGGUGGCUGUUGAUGUGGACUCUGGACAGAACGCCUGGCUCUCCUAUAAACUGCAGAAAGCCACAGACAGGGCGCUGUUUGAAGUGGGCUUACAGAAUGGAGAAAUCAGAACUAUCCGUCAAGUGACUGAUAAAGAUGCUGUGAAACAAAGACUGGCUGUUAUAGUGGAGGACAACGGCCAGCCCUCUCGUUCAGCUACAGUCAUUGUUAACGUGGCGGUGGCGGACAGCUUCCCUGAAGUGCUGUCGGAGUUCACUGACUCUACACACGACAAGGAGUACAACGACAACCUGACUUUUUACUUAGUCUUGGCUCUGGCUGUAGUUUCCUUCCUCUUCAUCACCUGUUUGGUGGUUAUCAUCUCAGUGAAAAUCUACAGAUGGAGACAGUCUCGCAUCCUGUAUCACUCCAGCCUCCCUGUUAUUCCAUAUUAUCCACCACGUUACUCAGACACGCUGGGGACAGGAACUCUCCAACAUGUGUACAACUACGAGGUGUGCAGGACCACUGACUCCAGAAAGAGUGACUGUAAGUUCGGCAGAGCUGCUAGUCAGAACGUGUUGGUAAUGGAACCCAGUUCUACAGGAACCAUGCAGAGGAUGCAGGGUGAGAAGAGCAUCCUGGAUGAGCUUGACUCUCCUUUAGAGGUUAGAAAUCUUUGA